AUGGUCGCCAUUCAGCCAAGGAUGAUGCCCAAGGGAAUGGUGAAUGGGACCAGUGGGGCAGAAAAAACUCAACGAUACUUUCGCAUACCUUUUGUGCGACCCAGUGACCAGCAACGAGACCUAUCACAUCCCCAGAAGGGGUGGUGGUAUGCCCACUUUGAAGGCCCCUGGAUUGCUCGACAGAUGGAGAUCCAUCCAGAGAAAGAACCUGUCCUACUUGUAGCUGGUCGUGAUGAUAUGCAGAUGUGUGAGCUGAACCUGGAGGAGACUGGGCUGACUCGGAAACGAGGGGCUGAGAUUCUUGAGCAGGAAUUUGAGCGGGAGUGGAAGAAGCAUGGUGGAUCAUCCUAUGUCCCCAGCCCUACCCAGCGCCCUGCCCGGCGCUGACUCCUACUUCUGGCUCAGUGUGAUAUUCACAGUCCCAUCAUUUAGCAUCAUUUCCCCAUCCUUUUUGGGUGUAUGAACUUGUGGACAUUCUGCAGGCCUUCCUACUUGAACUCAUAUCUAUUUUCCCAGCUGCCUUGUCCUAGUGUCCAUGUAUAAGCAUUUAGUUUUUCUGGUCUUGCACCAUUGACUGGGCAGCAUCUCAUUUCUGUGAACAGUUUUUGCCACUUCUGCUCAUUUUCAUGGGAAUAUGGUUUCAUCUUGUUCUGAUUAUUGUGUUCAUGCUUGCAGUUAUAUAUUAUUAUUAUUGUGAAUAAAUUAAUCUAUUGAUUAAAU